GGCCCAGGCUGGCUUAUUCCUGUCUGACUUCACCUCCAUUUACACGCAGGCACAACGCGCACGAUAUCCGCCGGCGGCUCGCUUUCCUCCCUUCACACCGAACGCAGAUAACACACUAGCAAGCCAGAAACGACAGCGAGAAUUUCUGCCCGUGCCACUCCGGAGCUUAUGGCAAAAAAAGCCUCUUUAAUUUCUGCUUUGGGUUUCCACGUCACUCUUUAAAAAUUCCGCCAAAAAAGAGAAGACGAUUCCCCAAAUCCUUUGGGCCGUUACCUCACGGCGGAUUUUCUGUCAAGGCGUACAACUACCCGACUGGGCUAGGGAAAGCGCUCUAUAGAGAACUCUUUGACUUCAACGCCGAGCCGCCUUGGCAGCCUAGCUGAUGAUAGGAGGUUCCAUCUCCUAACUUGUCCAUUUUGUUGCAUAUUUAGGACCCAAAAGACUUGUUGACCCCUUAUUUGGCACUUACUGGUUUAUGAUUGUCGGCUUUGCGGAAUACGGCUGAGAUGAAAGGAUUUAUUGAAGAUGCGAAUUACUCCAUUGGGCUGCUGGAUGAAUCUGCAUCCCCUAGAGAUGUCAUGGACAGUUACAUCUACGAGCAUACGGUGACGGGUAAAAAUGCCUUCUUUGUUGCUGACCUUGGAAAGAUUGUGAAGAAACACAUUGAAUGGCAAAACACCAUGGGGCGCGUAAAGCCGUUUUACACCGUGCGGUGCAACUCCUCGCCGGCUGUACUCGAGAUCCUCUCGGCGCUUGGUGUGGGAUUUGCUUGUGCCAAUAAAAAUGAAAUGACGUUGGUGUAUGAUUUGGGCGUCUCUAUGGAUCAUGUGGUGUAUACUAAUCCUUGCAAGCAGGCUUCUCAGAUCAAGCAUGCAGCCAAACUCGGAGUAACUAUGAUGACUUGUGAUAAUGAAACAGAAUUAAAGAAAAUUGCACGUAACCACCCUAAUGCCAAGCUCUUGCUUCAUAUUGCCACAGAAGGUAUGAGCGGACAUGAAGAGAUGAACAUGAUGUUUGGCUCCUCGCUGAAGAGCUGCAGGCACCUCCUGGAGUGUGCUAAGGAGCUCAAUGUUCAAGUCAUUGGAGUGAAAUUUCAUGUUUCAAGCUCUUCCGAUGACCCACAAGCAUAUAUUCAUGCUUUGUCUGAUGCCAGAUGUGUAUAUGAUAUGGCGGAAGAGCUUGGCUUUAGGCUGAAUGUUUUGGACAUUGGUGGAGGAUUUUCAGGCAGUGAAUUCCAGCUGGAGGAGGUUAAUCACGCUGUCAGUCCACUGCUGGAUGCGUACUUUCCCGAAGAUUCUGGAAUUAGCGUUAUUGCUGAGCCUGGGAGCUAUUACGUUUCAUCUGCAUUUACCCUAGCAGUUAACAUCAUUACAAAGAAAGUUGUUGAAUAUGAUCACAAUCUUCCUUCUGGAGGCAAGCAAACAAGUAACUGCCCAGCUUUUAUUUAUUGCAUGAAUGAUGGGGUGUAUGGGUCUUUUGUGAGCAAACUGUCAGACAGCUUACAUACUGCUCCUAAAGUCCACAAGAAAUGCGGGGACGAUGUACCACUUUUUGCUAGCAGCCUCUUGGGGCCCUCUUAUGAUGAGCUUGAUGUAAUUGUGGACCAUUGCCUGCUACCGGAGCUGAAUGUUGGCGACUGGAUAGUGUUUGAGAACAUGGGGUCUGGUACUUUGAAUGAACAAUCUGCGUUUACAGAUUUUGGAAGGCCCUCCCUGUACAACAUCAUGUCCCUCAAUGACUGGUAUGAAAUUCAGGACUUGGGGGUUAUAUCGGAAGCACUGUUGAAGAGCCUCUGUGUGCCUUGUUUUAGGUUUGGUGAAGACCACCUCUCCACAGCAGCUUAACUUGUAUCUCAUUGCUCAUUUUAGACCUGCAGGUACAAGUCUUUAGCUUGCCUGGUCAACAUUCCGGGGCGGAAGGAACGUGGAUCUUGAGUGAACCUCAAUUCAAAACUUGAAAUUCAGUGAAGGCAAAUUGGGACCAGGCAAAAAAAAGCAGCUAAAAAAUAAUUCACUGGGGCGAGCAUUAGACGUUAAUGUCCACAUUUAAACAUGCCAGCUUUCCCAUCCUCUGUGCGGUUUAAAUAAAAUAUGCAACAAAAUGGAUGACUUAGUUGAGAUGGAAACCAUGACCUGGGUUCCUUGUAACAGUUUACAAUAAGUACAGUUUUUAUACUAAGGAUUCCUGUUAGAAAGUCUUGUAAAUUUAUUGUCUCUCCUCCAGUAUAAUGUCUGUGAAAAUACCUUUGUGAUUUAGAAUGUUUAGUGUCCCUAGAUUGUGUAAAUUUGUGCUUUAACCUGUAGUUUAAUAAAUGUAAAUUGCAUCGUAUUGGUUUUUAUUUGUUUUUUGAACUGGCGUAAUGUUGGAUUGCAAUAAAAUUUUGUGCAGAA